AUGGAACAAAUUCUAGAAACCCAAACUGUCGCCUUGGUCCGUACCCUUGGUGGCAAUGUCGAGUUUCUCGAGAAGCACCUUGUUCCCACAGCCGGCCAGAACGAAGUUCUGGCUAAGGUGCUAUACACAGGAGUUUGUCAAAGCGACCUGCAUACCAAAAACGGCACCGCUGCUGGCUCCGACGGCAACCCUAUCACGAAAAUCAAGCUUCCCCAUAUCGGUGGGCACGAAGGUGUUGGACGUAUCGUGGCUCUAGGCCCCGGCUGCGGACCAGACUUGAAAGUGGGAGGACUUGUCGGGAUCCGGUUCUCAAGUCGUAUUUGUCGACGCUGUGAAUUCUGUCUCGCGGGGACGGAACAGUAUUGUGUCAAGGGCACGAAUCAUUUGCAUCAUGAAGAUGGGUGCUUCCAGGAGUAUAUCGUUCUGGAUGCGGACUAUUUGACUAUCUUGCCGGAUGAUGUUGAUCCGAGUGUUAUUGGGCCGGUGCUUUGUGCGGGGGUUACGGCAUAUAAGGCUGUUUUGAACACGAAUGUCAAGGCCGGGAACUGGCUGGUCGUCGUGGGUGCUGGAGGUGGGCUUGGUCAUUUGGCUGUGCAAUACGCAAAAGCCCAAGGAGCGCUAGUAAUCGGUGUCGAUGCCGCAGAUAAACGCGAUUUCGUUCUCAGACUCGGAGCCAAACACUUCAUCGACUUCACUUCCACUGACCCGGCACCGCGCGUUCAAGAGAUCACCGGUCUGGGUGCGCAUGCGGCGGUCGUCACAGCUGGGAGUGCAAAAGCGUAUGCAUAUGCGUGUGAUAUGCUGCGUGUUGGUGGAACGCUGAGCUGUAUCGGGAUUCCAAUGGGGCGCCCGUGCUUGGAAACUCCUAUCUGCAGCAUUGUGAUCAAGGGCCUGCGUAUUACUGGUAACUUGGUUGGGUCAUUGAAGGAAUGCUUGGAGGCGGUGGAUUUGGUCCGCAGGGGUGUGGUGGUACCUGAGAUCAAAAUUAGAAAGUUCAAGGACUUGCCCCAGGUGUAUGAUGAGAUGGAGAAGGGUGACAUCGCGGGGAGAAUCGUGCUUAAGAUUAGCGAGUAGAUUCAUCUGAUCAGUCCACUAAUAAAUAGUUGCCAUCAAUUUCAAGCGGAAGGGCCAGGGACCUCCGAUAUAACACUCCCCACAUUGUCUGCAAGAUCCAGACGGUCAUCAAUACCGUCAUUGCUCCGUUCUUCCACGAACCGUCUCUCGUUCACACCUAAACGCAAAGUACGAGCCGGGGCCUUUACCAAUGCCUCAGCGGUCUUGAAAUGUAGAAUUGACUUUAGCAUCUGGUCCUGUUCCAGAAACGGUAAAAGCUUCUGGUAAAGAGCAUGCAACAAGUCUUGAGGGCCAAAAUGAAAGCUCUGGUAC